GUCAAUGGAUGGCCUUGAGGAGUCUGGUAUUUCGCACGUGAAACCGGUCACAAACCGGUUUUCCUAACAGACGUACGGGUUUGAAAUCUACUGAGGGCUUGAUUGUUUUUGUUCUCAAUAAGUCUCCAUUCCUCAAGAUACAGUUUUUACAACUUCACGAUACAUGCCACCAACGUCACCGAUGGCAGUAAUAUCGGAGUCUGCUGCCGCCCAACUUUUAGAUUUUUCUCAGCGCCUCGAUAUUGGACUUCUAGACCGUGUUGUAAACUGUAUGUAUCAUGAAGCAGGCGAUCAACAGAAAAUCGCAGAAAAAGUCCUGAAUACACUCAAGGAACAUCCAGAUGCAUGGAUGCGUGUAGAUUCGAUUCUAGAAUUCAGUUCAAACCAAGAAACGAAAUAUUUCGCCCUUCAGAUACUUGAAGCAUUAAUCAAAACACGUUGGAAAGUCCUAGCUCGACCACAGUGUGAAGGUAUCAAGAAGUACAUUGUUGGUUUGAUAAUCCAAACAUCGUCUAGUUCGGAGCUCUUGGAGUCGGAGAAGACGUAUCUUGGCAAGUUAAAUAUGAUUCUGGUUGAGAUAUUAAAACAUGAAUGGCCUAAUAACUGGUCAACAUUCAUUAGUGACAUUGUUGGGGCGAGUAAGACAAACGAAUCUUUAUGUCAAAACAAUAUGGUCAUCUUGCGUCUUUUAAGCGAAGAAGUUUUCGACUUCUCUUUGGGUCAAAUGACUCAAACAAAAGCCAAACAUUUAAAAGACUCUAUGUGUCAACAGUUCAGUUUGAUUUUUCAGCUUUGUCAAUAUGUCUUGGAAAAUUCCCAAAAUGCAUCUCUAGUUGUGUCGACGCUGGAGACGUUACUUCGUUUUAUGCACUGGAUUCCCUUAGGAUAUAUAUUUGAAACUAAUCUAAUACAAACCUUAGUAUUUAAAUUCUUCAAUGUCCCUCUGUUCCGAAAUGUUACUUUGAAAUGCCUUGCAGAAAUAGCGGGUGUAUUAGUUGACGAAUAUGAGACCCAGCUAGUAGAAUUGUUUGUUUCUACUACCGAUAAACUAAAAGAAAUGUUGCCUUUAGAAACACGGCUAAAAGAAGCGUAUGAGCGCGGAAGUAAUGAUGAACAGAGUUUUAUCCAAAACCUGGCAAUUUUUUACACAACAUUCCUCAAAGGUCAUAGCAGUCUCGUCGAAAAACCUGAGCUUAUUUGGAAAUUACAAGAUGCUUAUGCUUACCUCUUGAUGCUUUCCGAAGUCGAGGAAAGGGAAAUAUUCAAGAUUUGCUUAGAAUACUGGAAUAUUUUGGUUUCUGAUCUAUAUCGAGAAAGUCUUACAACUACGGUAGUUGGAACAUUGGCUGAAUCCACCACUGGUGAAGGUCGAAGUAAACAAUAUGCACCAAUUUUGUCUAAGCUUCGAAGAAUCAUGAUUUCACGCAUGGCUCGUCCUGAAGAAGUACUUGUAGUUGAAAAUGAACAUGGUGAGGUUGUCAGAGAGUUUAUGAAGGAUACGGAUAGUCUUAAUUUGUACAAGAGCAUGCGCGAAACAUUGGUAUACUUAACUCAUUUAGAUUAUUCUGACACAAAAAAGAUUAUGAUCGAAAAGCUGCAACACCAAGUAGAUGGACGAGAGUGGUCUUGGCACAACCUUAAUACACUUUGUUGGGCGAUCGGUAGCAUCUCUGGUGCUAUGCAGGAAGACGAUGAAAGAAGUUUUCUAGUUAUUGUAAUUCGAGACCUUCUUGGUUUAUGUGAACAAAAACGGGGCAAAGAUAAUAAAGCUAUUGUUGCAAGCAAUAUCAUGUACGUUGUUGGUCAAUACCCUCGAUUUCUGCGCGCACAUUGGCGAUUCCUAAAAACUGUGAUUACAAAGCUUUUUGAAUUCAUGCACGAAACACAUGAAGGUGUGCAAGAUAUGGCUUGUGAUACCUUCAUUAAAAUUGCUCAGAAAUGUCGGAGACAAUUAGUAACUGUACAGUACGGAGAAGCAGUUGAAUUUAUUGAAGAGAUUUUAAAGGAAAUUGAUAUCAUAAUCAAUGAUUUACAACCUCAACAGGUUCACACAUUUUAUGAAGCUGUAGGAGUUAUUAUCAGUGCCCAACUUGACUCAGCUGUUGAAGCUAGACAGAUAGAACGACUUUUCCGAUUACCCAAUCAAAUUUGGGAUGGGAUUCUCGUCCAAGCUGCAUGCAAUAUUGACCUGUUAAGGGACUUUGAAGUUGUACAGCAACUUUGUAAUUUACUGAAAACAAAUCACAGUGCUUGCAAAUCCCUCGGACAUUCUUAUCUUGUUCAGCUUGGUCGCAUUUACCUGGACAUGUUAAAUGUUUAUAAGAUAAUGUCCCAAAAUAUUGGCCAGGCUGUGGCUACCAAUGGAGAGCAGGUGACAAAACAACCACUUAUUCGCAGUAUGCGAUCAGUCAAGAAAGCGAUAUUGAAUCUGUUAUCUUGUUGGAUAAAAAGGACUACUGAUCCUGUUUUUGUGGCAGAGAAUAUUUUACCUCCGCUAUUGGAUGCCGUAGCUGACGACUACCAAAAAAAUCUUCCUGCUGCUCGGGAGGCAGAAGUUUUGAGUUUAAUGGCUACCCUCGUUAAUCGUCUUGAAGACCAUAUUCUUCCAGCUCUGCCUCGUGUUUUAGAUGCAGUCUUUCAGUCUACUCUAGAGAUGAUCGAUAAAGACUUGGAAGAAUUUCCUGAACAUCGAACUAAUUUUUUCACUCUUCUACAGGCUGUAAAUGCUCAUUGUUUCUCUGCUUUGUUAAGCUUAACAUCUGAUAAGUUCAAACUGAUUUUAGAUAGUGUUAUUUGGGCAAUCAAACAUACUAUGCGUCAAGUCUCAGAAACAGGACUCAACAUCUUGCAUACAAUGCUUGUAAAUAUGUCUAGUGCGAACUCCGAGAAACGUCAGGUAUUCUUUAAAACAUUCUUUAUGGAUAUUCUUCAACACAUGUUUGCUGUCAUUACUGACCGCUCCCAAACAGGAAAUUUAACUCUUCAGUCAUCGCUGCUGGCUUAUAUGUUCAAAAUAGUGGAGAAUGACAUAAUUACAGUCCCUCUUAGCGAUGCUCCUGAGUCAACAACCAUACAAGGUUCAAAAGCAAAUGUACAAUAUGUACACCAAAGCUUGAGUCAGUUACUAAAACAAGUAUUUCCUCACCUUCAAGAAACGCAGAUUCGUGUUUUUAUUGAUGGACUAUUUUCAUUUGAUCAAGACGUAGCCGCAUUUCGUGAACACGUGCGCGACUUCCUUGUUCAGAUACGCGAGGUCGCCGGAGAAGAUUUAUCUGAUUUAUAUUUGGAAGAAAGAGAAGCUGAGAUUGCUCAGGCACAAGCAGCAAAACUAAGACGUCAUGCUUGUGUUCCUGGAAUUUUAGGUCCUCAUGAAGUUGAUAUGUGUGACUAGUUGAACGAAUAUUCGACCAAUUUUUAGUGCAUUUGAAUCUUCAACUUAAAACUAACAUUCCCUGAAAUCAUACACAUAUGUGACAACAUAUAUGUCAUUUCGAUGAUAACCAGUAAUUUUUCCCCUAUAUACUGUUGCAUUAGAACCACUGGAAUCAUUAUUGUCAACAUAACUUUUCCAGAAUACAGCAUUCGAACAUGGCAGCGUUCCACUUGUAAUGCAAUACUUACAUUAAAUCUCUGCGAAGCUAUACACAGUUACCCCAAAAUAAUUCUUAUUUCAAUUGCUAGUUACUUUUUAUUAAAAUGAGUUCAUUUCGAUGAAAAAAACAAAUGUGGAGCCAUGUAUAUCAUUAUUAAGAUAAUAUUUGUUAAUAUACUGAAGUAAUACAUUUGAAGUUAUCCAUAAAAAAAGUACAUUCAGGUGUCAGGAAAAACAAUAGCGCUACGAAUAUCUGUUUUUCGUCUUGUCAAGACCUAACACCUCAACAGUGAAUGCAACAGGUCGGCUUCUAGUUGAUGCCUGGAGAUUAUCACUUACUGACAUAAGGAUAGGUAACCUAUCAAUAAGGUCACUUAGUUCUCCUCUAGUCCUGCAGUAGAAUCCAACAGCGCAAGAAGGGUUUAGGUUCGUUGCACUCAUCGUUUUAGGAAUAGGACAGUGCCAAGACUAAAAAAAUAGAAAUUCAGAAUAUCAAGUUAUUUAAAAUAAUACGAAUCACUGCUCAGAUAGUGAUGUUAAGGAAUACAUUUAUUGUACGAAAACCAAGAAAUGCACCACAAUAUUAACAAUAAAUUUACGUUUGAGGUCCCAAUAUAACUGGAUGUGGAGUCAGUUUGGUGGAUUUAAAACUGAGUGAAAACAGCAGAUUUAGAACUAUAUAUCGCCAACCGCCUGGUGUUGUAAGUUACUAGAGUUUACCUAACGUAUAUAAAUGUCCUAAUGUAAUCAAUAAUAUCAAAGGUUUUCAAAAAACGGAUAGUAAACUGAGAUCGGUCAAAAUAUAGAUAGAAAGUGUUGCGAAGGAAUGAAUACAUUGUCUUUUAGGUCAACUUGGGAGGUAGUCGACCGUUUCUAUGUCAUCUUUUACAAAUGAAAGUCAUUCCUUGAAAUGAUCUGCUUCAAGCAGGCAGGGAAACUCAGAAACUUUCAGAGAAGGAAUGUAAGUACGAAUAUAAUAAUUAGCAAGGAUUUUUAUUGAUCUAUAACGACGAACUAAGACGGAUAAUUGAUGUGUGGCUAGUAGAAGUGAGUGUGGUUUACUAAUGAGCGUGAACUGACAGACUAACUAUUUGAUUCGGGAUUUUCAUCCAGUGUACAUCGGAAAUUCACUAAUGUAGUAAGUAGCAGUGAAGUCUUGUAAACUUGGUAUAUAAAGCGUUAGGUACAGAUAUAUUGUGAUUUACAGACAGUGAGUUAAGUUAGGGUGGUUUUGUUUAGGUUGCAGGGAUUAUAUAUAUAACUUUCCUUGAUGCUUAGGAAGUAAUUAUCGUUCAGAUGAGAUUUACUGAAGGAGACAAAUAACGUUUUCAUAACUCAGUGUACACAUCUAAGAACCCUCUUAAUAUUGAUUUUAGUAGCCGACUUCAAGUUAGCAAUGAACUUGUUGGGAGAUUCAUUUUGCCGCGAGAAGCGUAUUUAUUUCUGGUAUAUGGUACCGUAAUAUGCGUACGACGAGACUUUUAUAAUUACAUUCACCAUGAUUAGUUACUUUGUCGAUCUCUUGUUAGUUAGUUGAAAUUCGUUAUACCAUUGAUAUAAGAGUUAUUCGUUUGAAUAUACUGAUGGGAAACAUUUGGUCUUUAUAUCAGAAUGAAGGCUAUUGGAAGGUUAGAGGGGUUGAGUAUUCUUACUAGAUAGUAUACCUGAGUUUUGUUUGUGUAACAAUAUGAUAACGUUUCAUUGGGACCAUUAGCUUGAUUUUGUACAACAAUAUUCAAAACUGAUAUAGGAAAUAUAACAAAAUUUCAUCAAGAUUUUGAGGAAUCACAUGGUAGGAAAAAUUAGGCAAAUAAGCAUUAAAGUAAUGAUAAACUUGAUGAAUAUUUCAUCUAAUACUUUACUAUGUUUAGUUACUUUUAUGGGCGCCACCAAAUGCCCUGGUACGGC